UUACUUUUAUAAAUUUUAAAUAACAAUUUGCUCAGGCAGUUUAUUGUGUAAACUGCUUAUAUGAAAGGUUGAAUGGAAUUUAUUUUCUUGGAUGUUACAAACUAGAUUGUGAUACUGGGUUUUAUUUUCUUCCUGAAUGUUUAAUUAACUUUAUCGUGAAAAUGAGUUCUUUUCUAACCAACAUACUCCUUACAGCAGGAAACAAUGAAAAAAUUGACCUCAACGAGAAAAUAAAUGAAAUAAAAGAACAAGUUUUAAACCUUAAAUAUGAGGUCAAAGACUUUAUGGAUCAUAAUUACAUUGAAUUUACUCCGCAACUUAAAAGUAAUGAAACCCUGGCAAACAAAGCUGAAUCACUUAUUAAUGAAAUGAAUAUUCUUCAAGCACGGGUCGAGGGACAAAUUAAAAUAGAGCUGUCUGGAUCCACAAGAGAGUUACAAAGUUUAUCAGACGCUUUAAAAGAAUCUAGUAUAAGCAUCAAGCUUUCUAGCAAACUCUUAGAAUUGCAUAAUGGUUUAAGAAGCAUCGAAACAUAUAAGCAACAAAAACGUUAUGUGGAUGCUGCAAAAACUAUUCGACAUGUCCAAGUGUUAUUGGAGAGUCCCGAUUGUGACUUACAGAGUGUGGAUAUAUUUCAUUCGAUAAUGAAUGAGUAUGGUCAAGUGCAUAGCUUGUUUCUUGGUGAUAUUUCUGCUCUUUGGCAGCAACACAUUAGUUGGAAUGCAAUUGAAGAGCCAUCUAAAGCAUUAUCUGUUACUCUCACUAUACAGUGUAGAUUAGAAGAAAUUCAGGAUCUGAUCCAGGCAUUACAUUAUGUUGAAAAUCUCAAUAAUUGUCUGAACAAUCUUGCAAUGAAGCUUAUGAAUCAUGUAAUUCGUCCUUUAAUUAAUUAUGUAUGCGAUGUCCACGUACUUGAUGAAACAGUCUUUAGUGUGAAAACAACAGACAAGAAAAACAAGCCCUGCUAUGAAAGUGUCUUAUACAAUCUGAAGCUGCUCUUCCAAUUCUUGCAUCAACAUUUGAAUGUAACUCUGGAAGGAGAACAGAAAUUAUUUGCUGAAUUUCGUAAUUGCUUACUCAAACCACUUUCUGAUACGUUAAUAAAAGACUGUAUAGCUAACACAAUUCCUAGUUCAAGUGCAGAGCUUCAAAAGUUUGGACCUGUGGUUAAGGCUAUUAAUGAAUUCCAGGAUUAUCUCAUUGAAAUUGGAUUUAUAACUGAUCAACAAUUAUUUUUGUCUGAUUACACAAAAAACAUAGAUAGUUUAUUCAUUGAUAAGAUAUGUCAAGAUCUACUGGUCAAAGCUCGAGUAAUAAUGAAGAAGGAUCUUCACGAUUCGAUUAAGCAUGAACCUCGGGAAGCUUUGCAGUUUCCUGAAGAAGCUUUAGACGAUUAUGGAUUAGAAAUAAACAGAAAACUUAGCAAAGUUACAUUCCAGUUACCUGCAUGUCAAAUAAGUAAAAGUGUGCAAGAAAUAAUGGAACUGGUAAGGGGAAUCUUGGAAGAGGCAUGUUCGAGCUCAGAAGUUUGUUCAGUAAGACUCUUCUAUACCAGCAGAAAUGUAUUUGAGAUGUACGCUGGAUUAGUACCAGAACAUCAUAAAAAAUUCCUGGAGACUAUUCCCCAACAAGUUGCUCUCUUCCACAACAAUUGUAUGUACCUUGCGCAUAACUUGUUUACAUUGGCACACAAAUACAGAAGAAAGUUGCCUGAGCUGUUCAAGACACACAAUUUAACAUAUGUAGAUCUGCCUUUACUAUUACGUACAGUUGGUAUUGAGUACUUCUUAGAACAUAUGAAAUAUCAAAGAAAUAUUAUUAUUGACAUUAUUCGAGAUUCCGGGCUCUCAACAUUGGGUCAAACUCCAGAAUUACCCCCAAGUACUGAACGCGCCAUGAGGCAAUGUAUCAGACAAUUAGAAUUGCUCAGAACUGUAUGGCUUGGUGUAUUACCUGUUAAUAUAUAUUGCAGAGCCGUGGGUUGCAUAAUGAAUUCAAUGGUGGAAGACCUAAUAACCAAGGUUACUAACGCCGAGGACAUUCCUGCAGACGUCGCGACAGAAUUAGUCACGCUUUUGAGCAUGAUAAUCAAACGAGGACCAUCCAUAUUUCCGGAUCCUGAUUCAGUGCAGCGCCACGUGCGCAAAUGGCAAAAGCUGACUGAACUGAUAAAAGUUCUUGGAGCAUCCUUAAAAGAAAUUGAAGAUAGGUGGGAAAAUGGUAAAGGACCAUUGGCACGUGAAUUUUCUAACGUUCAAGUAAGACAACUAAUAAGAGCUCUUUUCCAAAACACCGAACGCAGAGCGAUCCUGUUGGCCUCUAUUAAAUAAUUCUAAUCUUUGUAUAUAUAAUACGAGUAAGAUAAUAAA